AUGGGUCCUCCGAAAAAAGGCCCCGUUGACACCGGCGCCGCCUCCGACCGCCGGUCGACCUGUAAGCCGCAGCCUGAACGGGAGCAACCAGAAAAGUCGUUCGACAAUAAUACAGAUGCCGCGUGGGUGCGCGCACCCGCGACCGAAGCUGCUGCCAAUGUGCAGCCGUCAGCGGUCUUUGAGGGCUCCGAGGAGCUCUCCCGCGUGGUGUCGGCGCCGUACACCGUCUUCUCCCGCCGGGCGCGCGUCGGCAUCACCGUCAUGGUGUCCUUCGCGAGCAUGGUGUCGCCCAUGACGUCCAACAUUUACUUUCCCGCGCUCGACUCCGUCGCCAGCGACCUCGGCGUCUCGCUGAGCCUCAUCAACCUGACGCUGACGACGUACAUGAUCUUCCAGGGCGUCGCGCCGACGCUGCUCGGCGACUUUGGCGACAAGGCGGGCCGCCGGCCGGCCUACACGCUCUCCUUCCUCGUAUUCCUCGGCGCCAACGUCGGCCUCGCCCUGCAGCGCGACUACGCCGUCCUCAUGGUCCUCCGGUGCGUCCAGGCGGCGGGUAGCAGCGGCACGCUCGCGCUGGGCUACGGCGUCGUGGCGGACCUGGCGCCGCGGUCCACGCGCGGCAAGUACAUGGGCUACCUGGGCGCGGCCAUCAAUGUCGGGCCCACGCUGGGGCCAUUUCUCGGCGGCGUGCUGUCGCAGACGCUCGGGUGGCCGUCCAUCUUUUGGUUCCUGGCCAUCUUUGUCACGGCGUUUCUGAUCCCCUGGGUGCUCUUUGCGCCUGAGACGGGCCGCAACGUCGUCGGCAACGGCUGCUACGCGGCGCAGAAAUGGAACAGGCCGCUUGCACCCUGCUCUAGGGUUCGCCGGCAGAAGGAGGAGAUGCCGGCGUCGCAGAGACCCAAGCUCUCCAUCCCGAACCCACUCGGCACACUCGUCAUGGUCUUUGAAAAGGAAAUGGGAUCCAUCCUGCUGAUUGCCGCAGUGAUUUACCUGUGCUUCAUCCUGGUCGCGGCCACGAUGGGAACGCUCUUUAAAGAAAUCUACAACUAUAAUGACUUGGAGGUCGGACUCUGCUAUCUUCCGUAUGGGCUGGGUUGCUGCGUCACCUCGAUUGCGCAGGGCUACGCGCAAAAUUGGAACUAUCGCAGAAUUGCCCGCCAGGUGGGGUUCGAUCUCAAGUCCAAAGAGAAUGGCGAAAAAUUCCCCAUCGAAAAGGCGAGACUGGAACUCAUUUACCCGUCCAUGCUGGUAGGCGCAGCAGCGCUUAUAGGAUACGGAUGGGCGCUGCAGGCGGAAACAUCGGUUGCCGUGCCGCUGGUCAUGGUAUUCAUCAUUGGCAUGAUGAUACCGACAUCGCUCAACAUGAUUACCACGCUCAUGGUCGAUCUAUUCCCCGAAGCGCCGGCCAGUGCCGCGGCGGCCAACAACUUGGUGCGCUGUCUGUUUGGUGCGGCGGCAACAGCCGUCAUUGACUACAUGCUGAACGGCAUGGGACGAGGAUGGUGCUUCACAUUUCUAGCAUUUCUUAUGGUUGCUUGCGUACCCUGGGUUCUGUUUAUCCAGAAAGUCGGUCCGCGCUGGAGAGCGGAGAAACGCCGGCGGCAAGAGCAGAAAAAGCUCAAUGAAUCAUUGUAG